AUGUCACCAAUUAAAAAUGAUACAAAAACUUUUUUAGGUUUCGUUGACACCCCAAUUGAUAACAAGAAAAAAAACAAUAAUAUAAAUGAUGAUCAAAGCGAUUGUGAGAAUGAUGGAGUAUUUCCAUAUUUAACCAAAAUCGGUGGUUCCCCAAUUUGGUGUGCACAACCACCAAACCAUUUAAAAGAUAUAAAAUGUGGCAAAUGUUCAUCGUCAAUGGUAUUUUUAAUUCAAGCAUAUUGCCCAUUAAACUCAUUGCCCAACUAUGAAAGAAAUUUUUAUAUUUUCCUUUGUCCAAAUAACGAAUGCCAUUCAACUUCAUCAGGAUGGAGAGUCAUUAAAUGUUUAGAUCCAUUAAAAGAAGAAGAUGAAGACGAAGAAGCCCAAGAACAAACCAAACAAGAAGAAACUAAACCAAAAGAAGAAGAAAAACCAAAAGAUGAUUGGGGUAUUGAGGAUACUGAUGAUUGGGGUAUUUCAACAAACACCAAUGAAACCACUACAACUACAACAACAAAUAUUGAUCAGCUAUUAAAAAUUAGAGAUGAAGCAUUAAAAGAAGAAAAGAGAAAACUAAAAGAGGAACAAACAAAUAAAAAUAUAACCAAAUACGAGGAUGAUGAAUGUAAAAAUGAAGAAGAAAUAAUUUCGGGAUUUGUAUAUUCAGAUGACUCGAGCAACUACUUUCAACCAUUUAAUUUAUAUAUAGACGAGGAGUCAAUGUACAGCAAUAAUAACUCCAUUAAUAACACCUCAGUAAUGAAAAACUAUGAAAAAUUAGAUAGCCAAUUUGGAGAUGACGCUUCAGAAUGGUCAAAUGAAACCUAUGAAUAUGUCAAAGAUCGUAUUUUUAAUAAAUUUAUCAAAAAGAUUUCAAUGGCACCAGAUCAAUGCUUAAGAUACUCAUAUAACGGCAAACCAUUACCAAUGACUGAAGAGGGUGUUCAAUUAACCACAAAUCCAGAAUCAUGUGGCACUUGUGGAACAAAAAAGAUUUUCGAAUUUCAAAUUUUAUCAACUUUAAUUGCUCAAAUCAAAUUAAGAGAUCAAUCCAAAAAAAAUACUUUAGACUUUAGCAACACCUUUGUUUAUAGUUGUCCAAAU